UCCAUUGCCGAUUCGUUUAAAUUCCAAAACAAACACACACAUGCAACUGACGCAUGAUGAUACCCAUUCCGGAAACAGUUCAGGUUGCCGUUCGAAUACGACCUCUGUCGAGCACCGAAAGUCGUCUCGGGUGCCAAUCGGUGACAGAGCGGAUCGCACCCGGUGAACCCCGAAUCUGCGUACGGAACAGUACGGAACUGUUCACCUUCAACCACGUGUUUGACCCGGCCAGCAGCCAGCGGGAAGUGUACGAAACGAGUAUCAAAUCCAUCGUGGACAAACUGUUGGAGGGCUUCAACGUGACCAUUCUUGCGUACGGCCAAACAGGAUCCGGCAAAACGUACACCAUGGGAACCUCCUUCGAAGGAACGUUUGACGAAGAAGUUGGGAUAAUUCCCCGAACGAUGGUGGAUCUGUUCGAUCAGAUAGCACUCUGCGGAGAGUUCCAGUGUGACGUUUCGUGUUCCUUCGUUGAGUUGUAUCAGGAAAAUGUGUACGACCUGCUUUCGUACCGACACAGGUUUAAUAAAAUCAUUGCCAUGAGGGAAGACGCUCGUGGGGUUAUAAUCCCCGGGUUGACGGAAGCGCCAGUAAACAGCGCCGAGGAAACACUGCGAUGGUUGAAGCGAGGGGCCAGCGAAAGAGUUGUGGCUUCAACCUCAAUGAACGAAGAAUCCAACCGAAGCCACACAAUAUUCACCAUGACAGUGAGGAAGAUUCGAGACAACCAAAUUGUUACAGUAUCCAGAUUGCAUCUCGUAGACCUGGCCGGAUCGGAAAGAUCCCGAAAAACGGGAGCCGUUGGCGAUCGGCUCAAAGAGAGCAUCCUAAUCAACAAAGGUCUGCUAGCUCUGGGAAACGUCAUAGCAGCCCUGGGAUCAGCGAAAACCCCUAAGGGAUACAUCUCGUACAGGGAUUCCAAACUGACCCGAUUACUCCAGAGUUCUCUAGGAGGAAACUCCAUAACAAUCAUGUUCGCGUGCGUCUCGCCAUCGGAUUAUAAUCUGGAAGAAACCUUGAGCACGCUUCGCUACGCGCACCGUGCGCUAAGAAUUCACAACAAACCCACUAUCAAUGGGUGCGAGACGAGUUCUCGGGAAGAAAUAGAACGUCUGCGAAUCGAAAAUCAAGAGCUCCGUUCUUCGCUUGAACUCCUGCACCGAAAACCUGUCAUCGUGUACAAAACCAAUCAGUCCGUCCAAAAAUUACAGCAAAAAAUACGCAGCGCCGAGACCGAACUUCAGAAGGCUAGUAAGAAAUCGACUCAGUUGGAGUUUCGGGCAGCUCACGCUGAGGAUGCACUAGAGAUGAUUCAAGAGUUGAUGUUCAUUGAUGAUAACGACGAUUUCAAGCAGAUGAUAAACGAAAUUUUGAGUCGGUAUCGAAAGGAAAAUGAGGUAUUGAAUGGAACGGACAAGAAAAUUAAAUAAAGUGGGGUUAUUUCCAAACAGUGUAGCUAUUUUGUAUUUUUUUCCAAAAAGG